UUUAAAAUAGUGGCCGCAUGUAGUUUACAGUUACUUUUAAACUUGAUUGUGUUGAAUAAUUUCUUUUAUUUUUAAUUCAUAAUUUGAAUUAUAGUUUAUAAAAUGGCUAUGUUUUUUGGUGGUUUAGAGAUACCGACAGAUGCGCGAAAAGAAAAUUAUUUAUCGUAUUUUCAAGAAUCAGGAGUUCAAGAGAAAUUGUCACAGAUUCUUACUAAAAUGUUUGAAUCGAAGCGUAGACCAAAUAAUCCAAUGGAAUACAUAAGAAAAGAACUUGGUGCUACUAUAGUUUCAGCUGAAACACUCGAAAAACUGGAGGCUGAGGUCGAUGACGCCAGACGUGAAAUUCGCCGUUUGCGCAGUAUUUUGAGAAAACUUGGCGUUGAGAACAUCGAUGAAAGCGAUCACGAAAUUGAAGAAGAAGAAAAUUCAAUUAAAGACGAAUAAAAAAAAGUAAUAAAAUGUAGAACAUUUGAAAUUAAAUAAA